AUGUGGCGACGAUCGCUUUUGCUGCUACUGUUGCUGCUAGGACAGGGGACCCGGGGAAAGCCAUCUCCCGACGCAGGCCCUCAUGGCCAGGGGAGGGUCCAUCAGGCCGUCCCCCUGAGCGAGGCCUCUCAUGACGACGCCCACGGGAACUUUCAAUACGACCAUGAGGCUUUCUUGGGACGAGAAGUGGCCAAGGAAUUCGACCAGCUCACGCCAGAGGAGAGCCAGGCUCGCUUGGGGAAGAUCGUGGACCGCAUGGACCGCGAUGGGGACGGGGAUGGCUGGGUGUCUCUGGCCGAGCUCCGCGCGUGGAUCGCUCACACGCAGCAGCGGCACAUCCGAGACUCGGUGAGUGCGGCCUGGGACACCUACGACACGGAUCGCGACGGGCGCGUGGGCUGGAAGGAGCUGUGCAAUGCCACCUACGGCCACUACGAGCCUGGUGAAGAAUUUCACGACGUGGAGGAUGCGGAGACCUACAAGAAGAUGCUGGCCCGGGACGAACGGCGAUUCAGGGCAGCCGACCAGGACAGGGACUCGGUGGCCACUCGGGAGGAGCUGACAGCCUUCCUGCACCCGGAGGAGUUCCCUCACAUGAGAGAAAUAGUCAUUGCUGAAACGAUGGAGGACCUGGACAGGAACAAAGAUGGCUACGUCCAAGUGGACGAGUACAUUGCCGACCUGUACUCCGAGGAGCCCGGGGAGGAGGAGCCCGCCUGGGUGCAGACCGAGCGGGAGCAGUUCCGCGACUUCCGGGACCUGAACAAGGACGGGCGGCUGGACAGGAGCGAGGUGGGCCACUGGGUGCUGCCGCCGGCCCAGGACCAGCCGCUUGUGGAGGCCAACCACCUGCUGCACGAGAGUGACACGGACAAGGACGGCCGUCUGAGCAAGGCUGAGAUCCUGGGGAACUGGAACAUGUUUGUGGGCAGCCAGGCCACCAACUACGGUGAGGACCUCACGCGUCACCACGACGAGCUCUGA